CAUCGCCUACUGACAAUACUUUUCUGUGACAGAAAUUGGAUUCAUUCGUAACCAGUGAGCAGAAGGUCUUGAAAGUCAACGUAAACCAUGCUAUCUGAAAAUGGCCUUGAAUUCCAAGAGAGGAUAAGCCGACGCGUCGAAUUUAAGUCAAGCUACAGUAUUGAAAGUUUAACAUCAGGAAGUAGCGAUGGAGAAUUCUAUUCACCGCGUUUGUCUCAUGUAAGGAGUAGUGAAAGUCUAUUACAAAGAACAAAAUCCUUUAAUCAGAUCAUCCACGAAAUGGGCUUAAGCACAAAGAAGUUAGAGCAAGAAAUGUCUGGACUUCUACGCGAUAUGGAUACCCUUCGUAAUCAAAACCUCAGUACCGGCCGGCGGCUUCAACGUCUACAAAGAGUGUCAGGGGCAAUGAAAGAACAACUUCAGGCCUUCAGUUCCAUGCGGUCAGCUGCCAGUCAUCGCUAUCUUGACCACAUAAACAUCACGAUCAUGAAUGAAAACAGAAAUUAUUUCUCAACAGAAAAUCUUCCCAAAGAAACAACUUAAGUCAGAAUUAGAGGAGAUUGGCUAUUGUAAACUUCGAUUUUACGGAUUAGCUACCUUUGUUUUGUCACUGAUGAGAAGAACCAGUGACAAAGACCGGGAUUCCAUUACAAACACUAGACUACUUUCAUGUCCAUCCUUGAGGUAAAUUCUAUCCGAGAGAGGAGUCACAGUUUUAUCAAAUUUUGAUAGAAGUAAACGAGGGGACAUCCCA